CCUCACUCUCACACACUCCUCUGACACGCUGAACAUCUUUCCUCAAGAUGACUGCAGGCUUGUGUGUGUGUGUCGUGCUGGCAGUCUUGUGUACAAGCUGUUUGGGGCUCCCCUUCUCCUCCCAGCCCCUAGACGAGGGCCACCGCUCCAUGUCCGCUGCUUCUGAAGCUCUCCUUGAGGCUGACACCCACACCUUGGGCGAGCCCCACCUCCAACACAGCCGCUCUGCUCCCCAGCUGAAAGAUCUUCCUCUGGCUGAGGAGGAUGCAGACUCCCGAGCCAACCUCAGUGAGCUGCUGGCAAGACUCAUCUCCUCCAGGAAAGGAUCUGUGCGUAGAAACUCUACGGCAAACAACAAAGGCAACGGACUGAGUGCCAACCACCGAAUAGCAGACAGGGACUACUUGGGGUGGAUGGAUUUUGGCCGCCGCAGUGCAGAGGAGUAUGAGUACUCCUCAUAAAGGGAAGUCACGG